GGUUUACCCCAAAGAAGGGGAAUCACCGCGAGAGGUGACUCCACGGACGGAGCAGGAAUGAGCAACUAACCCGCAGCGGUCAGUCUCCCACUGAACAGUGAAGAGGGAAGAGCUGACUCGCCGUGCGGUCUCCGUCGAGUUCUGAGAAGGAGUGUGUUCGGCUGGCCCUAGUCUUCGUCCUGGCAGUUGCCCUAGGGUGAAAAUGAUCCUCUCUGUUGCCUUUGUCUUUUGCAACAUUUUCAUGGUCAUGACAACCCCACAUGGCCCUGGCAGCAACCAUGGACACCACCGAGGUGGAGGACAAUCCGAGUACCGUUAUUAUGGCCCUUUUGAUAAUGGUCCACUUACCAGGGGGUUGAUCGUAUGGCAUGGACCAGACGGCCCUCGGAUCAGGAAAGUUAUUCUAGGUACAUCAAACAGCAACCAAGGCACAUGGACGGGCCUUCCUGACGGUGGUCUCGGACACGGUAGUCCGACUAGAAGUUCUCCCUUCACUGGGCACCUGUAUGGAAGUGGAAGCCAGGCAGGAACGGGAGUGGGACACCUACAUGGGAGUGGAGCCAGCAGCUUCCCUUUCAGCGGAAGCCAGGCAGGAACAGGAGUGGGACACCUACAUGGGAGUGGAGCCAGCAGCUUCCCUUUCAGUGGAAGCCAGGCAGGAACAGGAGUGGGACACCUACAUGGGAGUGGAGCCAGCAGCUUCCCUUUCAGUGGAAGCCAGGCAGGAACAGGAGUGGGACACCUACAUGGGAGUGGAGCCAGCAGCUUCCCUUUCAGUGGAAGCCAGGCAGGAACAGGAGUGGGACACCUACAUGGGAGUGGAGCCAGCAGCUUCCCUUUCAGUGGAAGCCAGGCAGGAACAGGAGUGGGACACCUACAUGGGAGUGGAGCCAGCAGCUUCCCUUUCAGUGGAAGCCAGGCAGGAACAGGAGUGGGACACCUACAUGGGAGUGGAGCCAGCAGCUUCCCUUUCAGCGGAAGCCAGGCAGGAACAGGAGUGGGACACCUACAUGGGAGUGGAGCCAGCAGCUUCCCUUUUAGUAGCAGUAGUCAGACUGGCACAGGUCAUCUUCAUGGGAGUGGAACUGGGAGCCUGCCUUUCAGCGGUGGAAGCCAGACUGGCACAGGCGUAGGUCACCUUCACGGGAGUGGAACUGGGAGCCUGCCUUUCAGCGGUGGAAGCCAGACUGGCACAGGCGUAGGUCACCUUCACGGGAGUGGAACUGGGAGCCUGCCUUUCAGCGGUGCAAGCCAGACUGGCACAGGCGUAGGUCACCUUCACGGGAGUGGAACUGGGAGCCUGCCUUUCAGCGGUGCAAGCCAGACUGGCACAGGCGUAGGUCAUCUUCACGGGAGUGGAACUGGGAGCCUGCCUUUCAGUGGUGCAAGCCAGACUGGCACAGGCGUAGGUCACCUUCACGGGAGUGGAACUGGGAGCCUGCCUUUCAGCGGUGGAAGCCAGACUGGCACAGGCGUAGGUCACCUUCACGGGAGUGGAACUGGGAGCCUGCCUUUCAGCGGUGCAAGCCAGACUGGCACAGACGUAGGUCACCUUCACGGGAGUGGAACUGGGAGCCUGCCUUUCAGCGGUGGAAGCCAGACUGGCACAGGCGUAGGUCACCUUCACGGGAGUGGAACUGGGAGCCUGCCUUUCAGUGGUGCAAGCCAGACUGGCACAGGCGUAGGUCACCUUCACGGGAGUGGAACUGGGAGCCUGCCUUUCAGCGGUGCAAGCCAGACUGGCACAGACAUAGGUCACCUUCACGGGAGUGGAACUGGGAGCCUGCCUUUCAGUGGCAACAGUCACACUAGUGAGACGAAUCAUGCUAGUGAAGAUGACAGCACAAACCACAUUUCUGACAAGGGCAUUGACCAAAAUGAAGUCAAGUCAGGAAGCGACAACUCAGGUGGUGGCAGCCUUUCGGGCAGAACGCGUUUAACCCACGAUGAUACUAGAGCUGGGGAAGCUAUCGCUUUGAAAGUUGAUCUGAAAAACGUUGGUCUCCCCAAAGUUUAGGUAGCCUGAUGGUCCACAUCUCCCAUUGCUACCUAUAUAUAGUUACAAAACCUGCACUUCUCUUUGUGACUUUCUGUGUCUACUCAAUAAGAGAAAUAACUUAAUCAAGAUAAGUCAGAAAAUACAUGUUAAUAUCUUUAGCAGCAGCUAGGGUCAUUUUGGAUGCGGAAGUAUUUUGACAUGCAUUUCUUUAACAGUUCCUUUGCUUGCUAAAAUGGGAAGAAAUGUAUUUCCAAUAAACUGUUAUUAGAUAUACAAGA